GCGCGCGGGCACCGCCGGAUGCCGCUUCCUCGGUGCGCAGCGCGCCCUGCGGUGCCGCCGGCUGCUGAUGGCGGCUCGGGGAGCGCGGUGCGGGGGGCAGCUGUGGCGCGGAACGCCUUGCCCUGUCGCUUUGUGAUUUCUGCAUGGAAAUGGUGCCUUCCACCUCCGGGUGGAGCCCUGCGGGGGUUCUGUCGGCGGAGCCGGUGCCGCUGUCGGUUUAUUUUUGGGUGCGAACGGGCAUUUCUGUGGUUCAUCCGGUCCUUCUUCCCCAAGCGCGGCUCCCACGCCCUCGCCGAGGCGCCCGGUCCGUGGCGAUAAGGCGCGGCGCUGCCCAGCCCAGCCCUGCGGUGCCUCCCGCUCGGGCGGCGGGGACGGGCGUCCUUACGGCGUGUGUUUAUUUAAGGGGCCGAGGGAAGAGAAAAAGAGCCAUCAGACCUUUCCGGAACACGCUAAGAAUGAGUCUGCCACAAGACAGAAAUAGGAGCUCUUGCAGCAGUGAAACGCUGGCGAAGUGCCUUCAGGCGAGGAAGGACUUGGAAACAGCUAUCUCUGGAAUUGUCAAAGCCGAGCAGCAGAUUAAAGAGAACUGGCGAGAGGUUAAAGCCAAGAUUCACAGCCACAUCAGUCGCCAGCUGGAAUGCCUGCGCAGCCGUGAGGUGUGGCUGUUUGAGCAGGUAGAUCUCAUUCAGCAGCUGAAGGAGGAGGCGUUGCAGCAGCAAGCUCAGCAGCUCUAUUGGUACUUGGGACAAUUCAAUUGCCUUAUUCAUCAGCUGGAACACUCCUACAAUAACGAACUAGCAAACCAGAUUUCAGUUUGCCUGGAGAGACUGGAAAGUCUCACUCUUAAACCAGAGGAGUCUUCUGUUCUGAAUUUUGAGGCUGACACGUCGUACCUUCGCCAGGCUAUUACCUCAUUUGGUUCAAUUAAAACAAUGCAAACCUCAGAGAGAGAGAAUACUUCUCCUUGGUUCCCAGGGCAGAAUUGUGCCCUAACAAACUGUGAGCAGCAGAAAACACUGUGUGGGACAGUGGGCGCCUCGCUUGCUGACUGGUUGCUUGGAAGCAGACCUGUGGAUGUUUGCCGGGCUCCAUAUGUUCCCAGCACCAAUCUUGAGGAAUGGGUUACCCAGAAAUCUGUGUCAGAACCCAGCCAGGAUUUAAGCUCUUCCAAAGUCUGCUAUUUUGAGAAAGCCUGGGGAAACUUGAAAGAUUUGGAAAACUGGCUCCUGCGCAAUCAACAGCAUGAUGUUGCUGGGAAGACAGAUGGGCCUGGUCACAAGAACUCCACCUUGACUUCCAACUCGUCCUUUUCCAUGGAAAAUAAGGUGGAGGAAUUGGAAUCCCUUGUGCAAGAGGAGGUGGACCUUUCUGACUGGCUGCUUACACCUGGCGUGGAAAACGGAGGUGGUGCUUCAGAUGAGAAAUGGAAGUAUGAAUUUAAACCUUUUAGGGAAGAAUUUAAUUGCAACGAUUGGCUCCUCAAAGCUGAAACAUGCACCAGUUGUCGUGGCAGCCAGAUCAAAAGCGUGGAAAUUGAGAACCUGGGAAAUCUGAAGUGCCUGAAUGAGCAUCUUGAUGGAAAGAAGUUACCCACUACAUCUGCUGUAAAUGCCUGGCUUCUUCAGCACCCUCAGGCCCCUUUUAAAAUGGAAGAUGUGUGCAAAGCUAAUGAGCUGUGUAGCAGCUUCUCAGAGUGUGUGUGUGAUGAAAACUGUGGAAAAGAGGCUCUGUGUAAAUGGCUUCUGAAGAAAGAAGGGAAGGAUAAAAAUGGAGUUCCGGUAAGCCAGAAAGCUGUACCAAACCUAGAGCAUGAGAAGACCAAGUCUCUUGUCAGUUCCUGGCUUAACCCUUCACAGCAGCUCUCAGGGGAACCUGUUAGCGCCGAGAAAGUGGAUUAUUCAGCAGAGAUAGCAGAACCCUUCAAAGUACUGCUUGAAAGGCCUCUGACAAGCUGGCUAGCCAAGUCUGAGCACAAAGCAGAAAGUGCAGAUGAAAAGGCAAGCAGAGAGAAAGUAAAUAGUAGUUCCAGAAGUCCCUUUGUGGACCUCUUGGCUCCAUUCCACCGCCCCUUGAACGUAAGCAGUUGGGUGUUGGCUUCAAACAACCUAGAAAAUGAUAACCCGCCUCCAGUGGAAGAUAAAUGGCUCCUACACAAGAAAGCACAAGAGUUUGGCCUUCCUACGGUUUGCGACCUGUUUGCCUGUAUGAAACUCAAUGGAGAUAACGAGAAAUGGCUGUGUCGCACCACUCUGCAGAUGUGAAGAACUGGAGGCGUUGGGGUUGUCCCCUUCCUGCUGACGAAACGCACAUCAAGCUGAGUGACUGCAGCCAGCUGAAUUCUCGUCUUGGUGUCUGGGGGUCUGCUUUGUCUUUUACAAUUAUAACAGAAAAAGAAAUAUUCAUAUAACAGAGUUAUGGUGCAAAAUACGUCUUUUUGUUAUGAUUAAUUUUGAAAUGUAAACCCACUGAGCAUAAGCAAUCUGACACUAUAGAGAUGUUAGUCAAUUCGUAUGUUAGGGGAUUACCUGCAUCUUCCUCAAUGGGCUCUCUCUUGAAGUAUAUUGAAACCAUAAAGCAACAUGUCUGUGGUGCUGUGAAUCAUCCACUUUUGCCAUCCACUUCAGAAAAACGUUGCAUUUACAUUCAGCUGCCACAGCUUUGACACGAGAUGGAUUCUAGCUUACUGGGGUUGCGAGAUAGCUUAGACUGUGCUUGGAAUUAAUUGUUUUUAAUUGAGCAGUUGCUAAUUGUAAAGGUUUCUUUUCUUGUCUUAUAUUGGUGUGUCUCCCAGCUGAGUAUGCAUAGUCUAAAUUUUGAAUACCUCAGUUUGUGGAACCUGGCGCAUGACAGGAGAGUUGGUAACAUGGUUUGCAACUUUUUGAGCCCUUCAGAGAUUUGGGGAAUUAGAUUCCUUCUCUUCAGAUUGGAUUUUUUUUUUUUCUAUUUUAAUUGGGAAGCACUGGCUUUGCAAACUGCAGAUCCCACUAUCUGAUCAAUUUUAAUGUUUUAGCUGUGAAAUUUCUUACUGUUAUCAGUAUGAAAGUGAGGGGUUUAGUAAUUCUGCUCCCUAUAGCCAUGGACAUACAGCUCAGGAGGUAUUUUACAUUUUGAGUUCAUAGGAAAGAAAGCAACGUUGGGUGGAAAUGUGGAUCACACCUGUCAGUUUGCGUGAAAAACUGAAGUUGCAUCAUUCCUGCUGCAGCUUCUACUCACUUCAGACUUAGUGACUAAAAAGCCUCCCCUUUUCCCUAUGGCUGAAGCCUGCCUCAAGAGUAAAAAUGAUUUCACUUCCUUAGGAUGCUGUAGAAAUUAACAAGAUCCAACCUCUGUAUGUGCGCACACGUUGCUGUCUGAUACAACCUGUGUAUUUGUUCCAGUUUUUGGGCUGAGGGGUACACUGCACACCUGAAACUGGACCCCAAAAGGGCUUAACAUCAAUGGACUGCUACCUAGAGGCGUUUGUACUUCAAUAGUUGGAGCUUUCUACUGAAAGCAGAAAGGUGCUUCUGAAGCUCACUUUUGUCCUUUGAACAUGUCUCUGUUGCAUGGGGAGAUGUACUAUGACUAACUCCAGUAAUAGCCUAAUUUGAUUAGCAGUUGAACUUGAUGAAAGUGAUUGAAGUGCAGCCCACCUCCUGUAAUUCCUUGUAGUUGUUGUGUGCUACCUUAUCAGUUCAUUAUGAGCCUUUAAACCUUGGGGGUAUGUAUUCCUUUACUUACUCAACUGACUUAUCACUAAUUGAUAUUUAUGUAAAACAUUAAUUAGUCUUUUCCAUUAAAAUAAUUGCAGCCAAGCUGUGUGGUAUAGCUU